AUGAACAACGGUAAAUCUCUACACGGUAUGACUCGGCAACUGUUUGAUGCACUAACUGCUCUGCUUCCGCCCAAAUCUGUGGACAAAACUGGUCCCAAUGCGACCUUGGCCAGCUGCAUAGAAAAAUUCCUUGCAGUGUCACAUACCAAUAACAGUCUUAUCCGAACAAUUGCCGGCAAAGAAGUUCACGAAGCAUAUUGCACCUGUUGCUUGUUCCAUCUUCAAGCCUAUUUGGAACUGGACAAUACAAUUCACACAGAAGAAGAACUGCUGUUGAGUGUUUCACAUUUAGAAAAAUUAAAAAGUUGUGUGGAGUUUCUCAUCUGUCUUGGAGUCUAUCCGUACCUCGAUCCGGGUGUAUCCAUUCCUCUAGAGUUGCGUAUGGAAGCGCACAGUUAUUUCCAACUGCCCCCGGUCCGUUCGUCCAUUACACGCGAGCAGAAUUUGUUACGUGUUGCUAAGUGCCUUCUUCAGUUUCGUGUCUGUCGUACAGAACAGCUGAAACGUCUCGCCUCACCAGCCUUAUUCCUCGGCGAUGUGAUUGCCGCAUUGAUGCAAGUCGGCUAUUCGACGGCACCCGCAAACAGUUCAACCGGUGCGAAUUCCUGUUCGAUCGAGGCCAGACAACUUCUAUGGAAGCUUCUGUGCGAUCUGCCUGGCAGUGUGGCCAUGAAAGAAUUGUUGAUUCUGCAGGGUGGUUCAUCCGGCUCACGGAAGAUUAAAGGUGCUGUGAAACUGCCUCCUGCUCCACCGUGGCUUCGAAAAUCUUGCGGCCGAUUGUUAUCACGUCUGUUGGUUCGCGGCACGACCGGGUCCGGGCCCGGAGCGAGAUCGACCGGUUCGGAUGGAGUUCGCAGUCUGUUGUUUGCCUCCGCCUCACUAUCCCCCGGUGUAAUUGGGGCUCCGAGUGGAUGUAUCACCUCACUUGAUCCACGCCUACAACCAGCCCUAGCUCACGGGCUGGCCCAAAUUCUGGCCAGCAAACCGUCCUGGUUGAUGGGACGGUCGGGGAUGGAACAGUUCGCGGAAGACGCACCACAAUGCUACUUCGAGUCAAUCGCGGCCCAGAUCUUGGAUCUUCUCACCCUGAAGUUCACGUCUCUCCCCACGGAACCGACUCUGGCGGCCUCGGCCAGUAUGACCGACUCGGUAGCCCGAUUCGGUGCCCUUGUCAGUGUGGCCACGAUGCACGAGUUCUGUAAUCGAGAUCCCGCGCUGGGUAAACGUUUGUUCCUUGAACCGCUCCUGGCUGUGCUCUAUCAGUGCGUAGCAUCGGAUGCGUCCAACCAGUCCUCCUCAGCAAGUCCAAGUAAGUCGUGUUCUCAGUGCUAA